CGUAAGAAACCCCUGGUUGUCAUUGUUGCAAUAAUUGUAGCAUAAUCUUAUGAAUUAAUGUAAUGCGUUAAUGUCUAUAUGAAAUUAUGAGAAGGAAAGUAUUUGAACUAUUGAUGAAAGAAGCAGAAAAUGAUUUGCUUGUCCUUCAGAAGGAAGCCUGUGUACUACAAGCUGAAGUUGAUGCUGGAGCAGAUACAGAGGCAGAAUUAGAAAGUUUAAAGCAACAGUGGCAAAUGAAAGAAAAAAUAUUAUGCAUGCUUGCUACUAGAAAUUCUGUGACAUGCCGCAAGAAAAUAAAACAACUACGAGUUACAUUAAGAUCUCAUAUUAUGAGGAAUAAAAGAGUGGCUAAAAUACCACCAGUCAUUUUGAGCUGUACACGUAAAGGUCAUCCUAUCCAUGAUGUUCUGAAGGAAAUAAGAUAUAGACGGGCUUCCUUCAAUCGUCGGCUGAGUAAGUCGCCACAUUCCCUGCUUGAAGAAGCUAUGACAGUGCACAAACAGGCAUUCACAAUUCUGAAGGAUAUAAAUAUACUUGUUAAAAAAGUCCAAAAGAUUUCAAAGAUGCGACAAGAAGUAACAAGCCUUAAGAAAGCAGUAGGUGACAUGGUAGAGUUCUUAAAAUCCAACCGCAGUUUGAUCAUAGAUUUUUGGUCAAUGGUAACUUUAUCAUGGGAAGCAAUGAAAGUGCACUAUCCUCAAGAAUAUUCAAAAGUAAACAACAACACAGAUGUACAAAGUGUUUUGAAUUCUUUAAACACUCAGGAUGUUGUCCAGAAAGCACAGGAGGAAAAUCACAUUAAUGAUGCUGAUACUAAAAGAUGUCAAGGUUCCUACAAAGAUGAUGAUAGAAAUCAAGUCACCAACAUACCAAAAGCAAAACCUGUACUACAAAAUGCAAGCAUUAACAUUGAUUAUGACACAGAUGCCAUUUUUGAAGAAUAUAAAAUAGAGUCUCCAAUCAGCAAAUUUGAUGAAGAUUCUGUACUUUCUGAGGACUUUGAUUUUAUGGAAAAUGACCUCAGUUAUGUAAGAGAUUAUCUGACCGAAUUAAAUGACGUAGAGACUGACGUUCUUGAAGCACCUUACAUACAGAGCUAUGAAGAAGACAAUACACAAUUCAGAUCCAAUGCCAGUGGAGCAUUAAUAGCUUUUGCUGCUUAUAAGCAUGGACCUUCUAAUGCAUGUCUAAAAACAGCAGACAACUCAACAGCUAACAGAAAACAAACAUGCACUUUUCACAUGAAAGGGUGUAACUUGCCUGCAAAGGACACUAAUGAUGAUGAAAAUGCUGUGGCCACAGACUAUUCAAUGCAAGAAGCUUGUGAUCCUUCUGUGGGUCUCUGGCCUUGGGCUGAUCAGUUUUCAGAAGGCUGCAUACCUAAUGAUAAUGAUAUUCAACAUCUGAAUUGGGAAUGGUCAGAAAUCUUUAAAAUACUGUAAACUCUCACUAAUCUGGAUUAACUGGGUGGAGAAAUUAUCCAGAUUGCUGAAGCAGAGGAUAGCUCUAACGGAAAAUUUAAUAAUAUAGGUGCUGCUGAUGAAAAUAAAUAAGAAAAUACCAUUGCAGCAAUU